UACCCUUCACCCUCCCGCACCCCCCUUUCCUCCCCCUCUCAUUCGUCAUUAUCCUUCUCUCUCUCUCCAACCCUGGGCGCGCAAACCAUUUCCCUCGUUGGGACCGCCGAAAGCAACAACCUUCUUCUUUUUCUUUUUUCUUUUUCUUGUCCGACUCUUCUCUACUCUCAAGCGUCCUAUCUCGCCGAGCAUUACUCAUCACGACAGCCCGCCAUGCCCAUAUCAUUACUACCCGCCUCUGCCCAGGCCUUUGCGCCCCGCUCUGCGCCGACCAUCGUCCUCAGCUCCAAGGUUGAACCGUGGUUAACCCAGACGCUGAAGCGCAUAAACCGCAUAAAGCGUCCGCUCAACAGCGUGCCACAACAUUAUCGUUGUCUCACCGAGACGCUGUCCGGCUCCGCGGCUAUCUGGUCUCUGUGCUCCCUCAUGCUCCCGAAGGCUCCUGAUUCGGAGCUCCGGAGGGAUCCCGACCCGCUGGUUGAGGCCAUGUUCAACUACCAGCUAAUCCAGAUCGAGGCUUACGUGGUACAUGUUGACAUGGUGUCGCAGCAUGAGGUCGCAUUCAAGCUCACCCCAGAGACUAUUGAAGCACUGAUCGAGUACCACAAGGAUAUUUACUCGGUCGACGUGGCUGCCAACACGUGGUCUUGGGCUGAAAAGGACGCCCAGUUGAAGAAGCUGCAGGACGAGUUUGUCCAAGCCGUCAACAAGUACGUGUUUAGGACUGGCGUUCGCGCUUUGGAAGGCCUCGAAGAAGAUGGUGCUGGCGAGCUUUUGGAAGGCAGAGGAGAGGAGGUCAAGGGCGCCAUCAUGGGUCUGUUCCAUCCACUUCUUCCUCCUCCUCCCAGGAUCGUCGACAUCGUUCGCCCUGCCCCGAUGCUCCCGACCUCUCAAGGCGUUGGCAACUGGUGGCACUCGCCUCAGCAGGGGCCGCCGGUGCACCCUGCCCCGGUUGAUUCUUGGAGGGUUGUACCGUCGACUCCUAGCCCGCCGAUUACCACCUGCGCCGACAACCAAUCGACGUACUGGAGCGCGGGUAUGAACGACUUCCAGCUUCCCUCUCCGACGCCCUCCUUCAGCCAGCCAAUGUGCACGUCGGGCCCCUACUACAGCCCUCCGCAAAUCCAGGCCCCGGUGCCGUCGUUGUUCCCGAGCACCCUGAUCAACCAAUGUGGACCGGCUCCCUCGUACUCUGGUUUCGGUGCUGGAGCGUUUGGAUGGGGUUACAACGACUGGGCACCCUCCUCGAGAAGCAGGUGAUCUGGCCAGUCGCUCCUCCACGAAGCUGCCUUCCCCACCCACACGCGCCUCGGGGCUUAUCCGGGUAGCCUUACGAUUACUCACGAGAUGAGAUGCGACACUGCAUGACUUG